UCUGUUCUGGUCAGGUUGUUUAUUCUGGUUCCAACGGGACUGUCUCUGUCGUGAGAGAGGACAGUCUUUGGGUCAGACAGGGGGUCUGGCUCUCAAAAACCGUUGUCCCCGGGAGACGUCCCGGGGUCGGGGAAAUUGAUCUCUAGCUGAGAUCAUUUCCAUCUGUUCUGGUCAGGUUUUAUAUGACUCCGUCGCCUGUCACAUUGUGGUUGGACCGAGGAUUGCCGCGGCCCGGUUUUAUAGUUGUCUGUGGUUUCAUUUCUGUCAUUAUUUGUUUUGGUUUUUUGUUCAGUGACAUGGGUCAGGGGAAGUCGACUCCGCUGAGUGCGACUCUUGAUCAUUGGAAAGAGGUCCGAGGACGAGGUUUCGAUCUUUCGGUAAAUGUGAAAAAGGGUCCCUGGCAGACUUUCUGUUCAGCCGAGUGGCCCACUUUUGGUGUUGGUUGGCCGGUCGAUGGUUCUUUUGAUUUAAAUUUGAUUUCCCAGGUUCUCUCCCGAGUUUUCGAGUCCCGGACUGGUCACCCCGAUCAACAACCUUAUAUUCUUGUCUGGCAGGACCUGGCCCAGCGACCUCCUUCGUGGGUCCGGCCCUUCCUCCCGCCAUCUAACCAGUCUCAGGUUCUUGUUUCACAGGUUCGUGGAGUCCCGCAGAAGGCGCCCCUGCGCGACUCCCAAACUGACCUUCUCCUUCUCGACCCGCCUCCUCCCUAUCCUCCUUCUCUGCCCCCAGUUCCCUCCACUCCCCCGGCCCCUCCACCUGUCCAGGCUGCCCAAGGUGGUCCCUCGCAGCACACGCGUAGUCGAAGGACCCAGCCUCCUUGUUCGCCCGAUUCUACGGUCACCUGUCCCCUCCGCCCUCUCGGCCCGCCGCCGCCGCCUCUCGACGACGGCACCCCGGUUCUCCCUCUUCAGUAUUGGCCCUUCUCCUCCUCUGAUCUGUAUAACUGGAAAACUAACCACCCUCCGUUCUCUGAGGACCCGUCUAAACUCACCGCUCUGGUUGAGUCCCUCAUGUUUUCUCAUCAACCCACUUGGGAUGAUUGUCAGCAACUUCUCCAGACCCUCUUUACUACAGAGGAAAGAGAGAGAAUUCUCCUAGAAGCUAGGAAGAAUGUUCGGGGCCCGGAUGGGCGCCCGACACAGCUCCCCCAUCUCAUAGAUUCUGCCUUUCCCUUAGCCCGCCCUGAUUGGGAUUUUAACACUGCAGAAGGCAGGGAGCGACUGAUAGUCUACCGCCAGACUCUAAUGGCAGGUCUCCGAGGGGCUGCCCGUCGCCCCACUAAUUUGGCCAAGGUGAGGGAAGUUAUACAGGGAGCCACGGAACCUCCGGCAGUGUUCCUAGAAAGGUUAAUGGAAGCCUAUCGCCGAUACACCCCUUUUGACCCCACGUCUGAGGGUCAUAGUGCAUCGGUGGCAAUGGCUUUCAUUGGUCAGUCAGCCCCGGAUAUCAGGAGGAAAUUACAGAGGAUGGACGGGUUACAGGAUUUAGCUCUCAAGGACCUCGUUAAAGAGGCCGAGAAAGUUUAUCAUAAAAGAAAGACAGAAGAGGAAAAGGAGCAGAGGCAGGAAAAGGAAAGACAGGAGCAAGAGAAACAGAGAGAGAAGCGGGAAGAGAAGCGACUGACUCGUAUCCUGGCCGCAGCGGUAGGAGAGAAAUCAGAUCAGAAAAAGAAACAGGAAGGACAGAAAGGGAAACGCCAGGGCGGCAAUCGACCUCCGUUAGACUGAGACCAAUGUGCCUACUGCAAAGAAAAAAGACACUGGAAGAAAAAAUGCCCCCAGAUGCCCAAGAAAGAUCCGGUUCUGGCCCUCCAUGAGGACAGCGACUAGGGGGGUCAGGGCUCGAUUCCCCUCCCCGAGCCCCGGGUAAUUCUCAAUGUAGAGGGAAGACCGGUCAAUUUCCUGAUUGACACCGGGGCUCAGUUUUCAGUCCUCAAGCGGCCUCUAGGAAAACUAUCUGGCCAAGCCUCCCUGGUCCAAGGGGCGACCGGACAUAAGAAAUACCCUUGAACCACUACCCGGAGCAUUGACCUAGGCCGGGGAGAAGUGACUCACUCAUUCCUUGUCAUACCUGAGUGCCCCGCUCCCCUCCUGGGAAGAGACCUCUUGACCAAGCUGGGGGCCCAGAUUACCUUCACCCCGGCAGGACCUACUACCAAAUGGGGACCCCCGAUGGCCCUCACUCUCCACCUAGAGGAUGAACACCAGCUCUUUCAGCCACCGAUGGGCAACGGAAGGCAGUUAGCAGAGGGGAGGGCAGUCAAUAUCUACACUGACAGUGGAUAUACUUUUGCCACCGCACAUGUACAUGGUGCCAUCUACCGACAGCGAGGCCUGUUAACUUCGGCAGGAAAAGAAAUCAAAAACAAAUCGGAGAUCCUACAAUUGUUAGACGCUGUCUUAGCACCUAAACGCCUAGCCAUUAUACACUGCCCCGGGCACCAGAAAGGAAAAUCUGAGGUUGCAGAAGGGAACAAACGAGCCGACGCAGCAGCCCGAGGAGCAGCCCUCGGACCUUGCCUGCUCACCCUGACGGUGUGGCCCCUGAAGCCUCCCCAGCCGACUUUUCUACACUACUCCCAAGAAGAGGAAGAAAAAUUUUCCAGCCAGCCUGAUCUGUUCCUAAAGAAGCAAGGCAUCUGGACUACCCGGACGGAAGGUAAGCCGGUUGUCCCCCGGGAGGCGGCGGCCGAGUACCUUGCCCAACUUCACAGAAUCACCCACCUUGGAGAAAAAAACCUCAAAAAAAUCUGUGGCAGUACUGGAUACCACUUCCAAGGACUGACCAAGGCCCUAGAGAAAGUCAUCCGAAGCUGCCGGGCUUGUCAGUUGGUCAACGCAAAAACUUCUGCCAUCCCUGAAGGGAAACGGGAAAGAGAAGAUAAGCCAGGAGUUUACUGGGAAGUUGACUUCACUGAGGUAAAACCUGCCAGGUAUGGAUAUAAAUACCUACUAGUAUUUAUAGAUACCUUUUCAGGAUGGGUUGAGGCCUUUCCCACAAAACAUAAGACUGCUAUGGCGGUAGCCAAGAAAAUCCUGGAGGAGAUUUUCCCUCGAUUCGGACUGCCCAAGGUAAUCGGGUCUGAUAACGGACCGGCUUUUGUUGCCCAGGUAAGUCAGGGAUUGGCCAGGAUACUGGGGAUUAAUUGGAAAUUACAUUGUGCCUACCAUCCCCAAAGUUCAAGACAGGUAGAAAGAAUGAAUAGAACCCUAAAAGAGACCAUAACUAAAUUAUCCAUAGAGACUGGCUUAACAGACUGGACAGUCCUCCUCCCCUAUGCCCUUUUUAGAGUAAGGAAUACUCCGAAUUCUGUUGGGUUGACCCCCUUUGAACUCCUCUUCGGAGCGCCUCCACCCCUGGCCAUAGAUCCCUGGGAUAGUCACCCUUCUAUCUCUACCCCCCAAUCUCUCCUGGCCAGGCUGAAAGCCAUCGAGUCCUUACAGAAGGAAGUAUGGACUCCCCUGGCAGAGGCCUAUAAGCCGGGGGACCUUCGUGUUCCACACCAGUUUCAGGUCGGGGACCUGGUCUACGUCCGGCGCCACCGCACCGCCAGCCUGGAGCCCAGGUGGAAGGGUCCUUACGUCGUCCUCCUGACCACACCCACAGCUGUCCGGGUUGAUGGAGUCCCAGCCUGGGUCCAUGCCGCGCACGUCAAGAAAGCACCUGAACAGGAUCCGGAUGGCUGGGUCGCGGAGAAGACGGACAACCCCCUCCGACUCAGGAUCUACAGGCGCCCCGACUCUACUCACCCGACCCCUUGA